CAUCAAUGUUGCCAGAUAUGUUGCGUAUGUAGAUUUUGGUGUUACAUGGAAUACUAAAGAAGACUUCGGAAUAUUAGACAUAAUAAACCUUCCAACUUGUAUUAUUUGAGCUUGUGUAAUUUACAGUCGUAUAGGGCGGGAUUUUUUAUAGUGACUGAUCCCAGACAAUCCGCUCCAAUCUGGCAACCCCGGCAAAGAGAGAGACGUUUAAAGCUGCGAGCAGCAACGCCACAGUCAGAUAGACAGAGAGCGGGAGAGGAGCCCGAGGUAUUUAAAUAGGAUAUACCACUUAGCUGUUAAAUAGCCUGCCACCUACAUAUAACAUCAGUCAUUUACUGCCUAAUGGCUACGGCUACGAAGGAUAAAGGGAAGGCGGUACCUUGGGAUGUAAAUGAAAACGCAUCCAGUUCGGCGCACAGCAUCCAAAACAACAAUAAUAACAACAACAAUAACAAUAACAACAAAGACAGCGAAGGAAGUGAAGGAACAACGACUCCUACAUCUGCACCCAUCGACACGAGCGGCACAGAGAGCACUGGACCGGGGACCGGAGCUGGGGUCAGCGCCACAGGAGGCGCGAGCGGGAAGUGGGUCCGGCUCAAUGUCGGCGGUACCGUGUUCCUAACGACGCGCCAGACACUUCUUAAAGAGCAAACAUCCUUCCUGUACAGACUGUGCCAGCAGCAGGACCUGCAUUCUGACACGGAUGAAACAGGCGCCUACGUGAUCGACAGAGACCCCACAUACUUUGGCCCUAUACUCAACUACCUCCGACAUGGGAAACUGGUUUAUAACAAGGAACUGGCUGAAGAAGGUGUCUUGGAGGAGGCAGAGUUUUAUAACAUCACUCCACUGAUUAAACUAAUUAAAGAGAGGAUUCUUGAGCGAGAUUGUAAGGCCUCUCAGGUACCUCCAAAGCAUGUCUACAGGGUGUUGCAGUGUCAGGAGGAGGAGCUGACGCAGAUGGUGUCCACGAUGUCAGAUGGCUGGAAGUUUGAGCAGGUCAGCGUACGUGCCUGCCGAAAGCCGCGGCCCGGACUGCUCUGGACUAUGGUGAAUAUUGGCUCAUCGUACAGCUAUGGUACCGAGGACCAGGCAGAAUUCCUCUGUGUUGUUUCCAAAGAGCUGCAUACAUCUGGUGGAGGCCUGGGGACUGAGCAGAGCCACAAGAAUAAGGAAUCAGACACUCAAGUGGAGGAAGGAGAAAAGGAGGAGCAGGAAGAGGAAGACGAGAGAGAAAGAAAUGCCACCCCAAAUGAGUGGUUUUAGAGAUUAGGAGACUUGUGUCAUUGUUCCAAUCGCAGGAAUGGGUGAGGAUAUCAAAUGCUGGGUGUUUGCUGGUGGUAGCUGUAGAAAGUUCGACCUAUACUAAGAGGAUGAUGGGGUAUUUUAUUUCAUUGCAUCAGAACCUUUUACUUAAAACUGUAUAAAAAGCUAGCCAUGUAGAUACUGUUUGGUUAAUAAGCUUUAUGUGCAUUCCACAAUGAAGAGACUGUAUAGAAGUGGUUUCAUAAUAACUUUUACUAUAAUUCCUAUCCCCUAACAGCUAUUUACAGUUAGCUUCAGAAUUAGUACUAAAAAGGUCUGAAAAAAUUGUGGCAAUUUAGUUUAAUCUCACAUUGAAAUAUGAGAGAAAUCUAAUCUUUUUUCCCUCAUACAUCUUCAGUAACUGCUCUACCCUGUUAUGGGUCACAGAGCCAAUUCCAGGACCACUGGGCACAAGGCGGGAAUUCACCCUGGAUGGUAUGCCAGUCCAUCGCAGGGCACCACGCAUAUACACAUUUACACACACAUUCACACCUAGGGACAAUUUAUCUUAGCGAAUUCAUCUACUGGCAUGUUUUGGGGAGGUGGAAAAAACCUGGAGGAAACAAAUUCAUAGAAAGGAAGAAGUUCAGAAGUCAGAAGAACAGAAAAAAGGUUUUAACCAUAGGUCAUGAAAUAGCAAAUAAUUCAAAUGAAUUCAAUUGCUUAUGAAUUACCAGUUGGGAAUUGGUGGGAAUUUUAUUAGGUAAUAUUUAAUACAAGUAUAAUAAGAAGGUUGCAAUGAAAUAGAAUAGUCUAGACAGCCUCUAUUAGAAAUGCCUGAGCAUGCUUGCACACACAACAUAAGGGGCACACGCUCAUAGAUUUCUAUAUACUAUAUUUAUUUUUAUGGUAUUAUUAUUAUUAUUAUUAUUAAUGUUUCUAUUUACUCUCUGAUAUUUUAAACAAAAGCAGCAUUUUCAGGUUCACUAUACUUUAGGCAGUCUGGCAUGGUUGGAGUGUUAAUGUAGUAUAAGUUCUAGCUCCUUAAACUUCCAUUUAGUCAUCAUCAUCUUCGCCUACAUCUCCAUCUACGGAAACAUUUUUUCUUAUUAUCAGAACACUUAUUCAGCUGUUAUUAUUAGAAAUGUGAAAUAAGUUUAGUUAAAAUCUCAGUUGUCUAUACUCAUGAUAUUUUUAUUUACCACUUUGCAGCUUUUCCAGAUUCAUGGAUCCCGGAUGUAGAAUAUACACCUUUUUUUGUAUUGCCAUAAUUAUUUUUUUUCAAAUACUGAAUUUCCCUCUCAGAAAUCAGUGGAUAAACCAGCAGCUGAAAGAUAAUCAGGAAUAAGGAUGGAACUGUGUGUGAAGUGUCAGUGUGCUGUAGCUGGAGAAGGUAUUACUGUUUCAGCAAAAGAAGUUAGAGCUUACAAACCUGUGACCAAAGGGCAACCAGUUGUGGAUUAACUAACAUUAGUGUAAUGAAAAAGGAUUAAAAAUUAAAUUAAAUUAAAUCUGGGCAAUGAUUCAGCAUUUCACUAGAAUAUCUUACUCCUACCAUGACCUUUGUGGAUUUGUGGUAAGGGUCUUGACAAUAUUCUUGUGAUAAAAUGCGAAAUAAUUCGUAUUUUUGUGUGAAAACGACUCUGGCUCGAAAAUGUGAAUGUGAAUCCUACAGCCUGAGCACUACGUAAUGAGAAGUAGACAUGCUGUUAUAUAUUAUUCUGUGCUCCAUGCUGCACUGCUCCAGUGUUUGUCUAAAAUUACAAUUAUAUAAUGUGAUACUUACAGCCAGGUCUGAUUUUAAAGCUAUAUUAUAAUAUUAUGUGAUACCUUUCUUGCAUUUAUUAUGAACGUAAAAAUUCAAUUUAAUUCUAAAGUUCAAUGCCUCAGCUCAACCAGAAAUACAUUCAUUUUAAAAUAUCAAGCCCUAAAAUCAGCACAAGAUCAAAAUAAGCACUGUUUGCUGUAACUGAGCAUGUUCAUUACACAUUCUGUAAUAUUUUUGAUAUUUCUUUUAUAGACAAGAUUGAGAGAGACUAAAGCGUGAGAGGUUUCACCAUUGAAAGACCAUUUUAAGCACUUAUAAUGUUACAAUGGCACACUUUUAUACUCAUUCUCAAUAUUUUAGCCAGAAGGCAAUCGUAAUCAUAAUCAUGUCAUAGACCAGGGCUUUAGGUUUGUAGGAUGUACUGAGUGUAGAAUGUUAUUUGUGAAUGUGUAGAACAUCUUUACACGAAGCAUAUACACUAAUCCAUCAGAUCGGUGUUUUCUUUCUUUGAUUAAUUCAGUGUAGUUAUUUAUUUUUUUUCUUUUAAAAUGUUUUAUUUAUGGUUUAUUGAUUCAUUCAUUCAUCCUAAAUGUGUAACUAAAAACUAAAAGGAAGAUGUGGUCCUAUACACUGUACACGCAUUUGUUCAAGCACACUGUUCUUCUACCUUAAUGAUGGACAAUUGUUAUUUUAUUUAACAGUCAGUGUUGCAUACAUAUUCUUUAUGUUUAAAUCAUGUUCUUGUUGUGGCUUGCACACCCAUUAGGUGUGGAUCAUUUUCAGUCAUGGAGUAAUGGACUAAAACGCUGUUUUGUUUAUAUAUCGUUUCUUUUUGGGAUAUUUUGAGUGCUGAAUAUUAAUUUAUACGAUUUUUGUCAAUGGUAUUUAUAAGAGAUUAUGAGUAAAGGACACAGGAGUUCUUAUUUCUGUCAAGAAAAGAAAAUCACCCCAGUUUCCGGUCAGUUUAACAGGAACACCUGGACACAUCCUCAUUCCUGCAAAAAUAAAGACAGGUCUAAAGCUUUAGUUAAAGUUCAGAACAUUAUAAUGGAGAAAAAUGUGAUCUCAGUGACUCUGACCAUGCCAUUCACACACAACAGUCUCUAUUAAAGAUUAGAUUGUGUUAAAAAAUCCAAUGAGUAGUGGUUCUGUGACUGGAAAAGCCUUGUUACAGUCUACAAGGCUUGCUAUGGUCUGCAGUUACUCAAAUAACCACUCUUUACAAUCAAAUUAGGCACAAAAGCAUCUCAGAAUGCAGAAGACGUCGACCUUGAAGUGGAUGGGCUACAACAGGAGAAGACCACAUCAGGUUUCUCAACUAUCAGCCAAGAACAGGAAUCUAAGUCUAUAGUGAACACACGCUCACCAAAAUUAGCCAGGUUAAGGUUGGAUCUUCAGUAGCAGUUCUAUCACUGGCUGAUUGUUUGUUAAUUGGAUGAAUAAACAGGGGUACAGGUGUCCAAAAGAAAGUGGCCAGUGUGUCUAUGUGGGUUCACACACAUAUGUCUUGUAUACAACAUAUAUUCUCACUGUCCAGUUUAAUAUAAACACAUGUAUACCUGCUCAUUUAUGUAGUUAUUCAAUCAGACAAUCAUGUGGCAACAGCACAAUGAUACAGUUCUGUUAAUGUUCACAUCAAACACAAACAUCACAAUCAGGAACAGAGUCAUCUCUACACAGUGUGAUCUUUAUUGAUGGAUGUUGGUGCUAGAUGGACUGGUUUGAGUAUUUCAUAAGCUGCUGAUCUCCUGGGUCUCUAGAGUUUACACAAAAUGGUGUGAAAAACAAAAAAAAUAUUGAGUGACAGUUCUGUGAAUGGAAAAAAAAUUAUGUUUACUGUUUGUAGUACAGCAUUUUUUAUUGAGCCCUUAUGCCUUGUGGACAGAGUCUUCCUGAAAUUAGAAAAGUUUUAUCACGGGAUAAAGAUGAUCAGUCAGAAUAACAUACUGGGAAGUAAUACUUCCCUCUAAGGGAACACGUGAACACAAAUCUGGCCAGCAAAAUGUCAUCUACAGCAUAACAAACCACCAGUUUCCUUUUCACUUGUCUAGCUUAAAAAUAUGUGCAACUGCAAGUAUUAGGGAUUUUCCACUAGGUGGCAUGCCAAAGAUUUCUAGAGAUCUUUUUGACAGUUCCAACAUAUUUUAUAAAUACUCUAUGUUGCCAAAUAUUUUGGGACACCCCUCUAAAUCAUUGAAUUCAGGUGUUGUUUUUCAGGGGUUGGGCUUGGCCCCUUAGUUCCAGUGAAAGGAACUCUUAAUGCUUCAGCUUCAUACAAAGACAUUUUGGACAAGUUCAUGCUUCCAACUUUGUGGGGACAGUUUGGGGAUGACCCCUUCCUGUUCCAACAUGACUGCACACCAGUGCACAAAGAAAGGUCCAUAAAGACAUGGAUGAGCGAGCUUUGGCAAUAUAGUGUAUCAUAAACUAUGGUCAGUGCAUUAUUCAGGUAUAUUUUCUGAAGCAUACAAAUCAGUAACAUUUGAUUUGAUGUGCGUGUAGAAAAUAGAAAAUUCAAAUAAAUGUGCUCUUUAUCAAAAAAA